CUCUUUCCACUAAACUUUGGCAGACCUAAGUAUAGUAGUGAUUGAGGGUUGAGAAAUAAUGGCGAAAGAUGUUGAGGUUCAAGAGCAAGGAGAAUACUCUGCAAAAGACUAUCAUGACCCUCCUCCGGCACCCUUGUUCGACCCCGAAGAGCUCACACAGUGGUCCUUCUACAGAGCCCUUAUCGCUGAGUUCAUAGCAACCCUUCUCUUCCUCUAUGUCACUGUGCUAACCAUAAUUGGCUACAAAAGACAGACCGACGCCAACGUUGGUGGCACCGAAUGUGAUGGGGUUGGCAUUCUCGGCAUCGCUUGGGCCUUUGGUGGCAUGAUUUUCAUCCUCGUUUACUGCACCGCCGGUAUUUCAGGAGGACACAUAAACCCAGCUGUGACAUUCGGGUUGUUCCUAGGACGCAAGGUGUCCUUGAUAAGGGCGUUGUUGUACAUGGUAGCACAGUGUGCUGGUGCUAUCUGUGGCACUGGACUGGCGAAGGGGUUCCAGAAAGCGUACUACAACAGGUAUGGAGGCGGUGCUAACUCUGUUGCUGAUGGCUACAACAAGGGCACUGCUUUGGGUGCUGAGAUUAUCGGUACCUUCGUUCUUGUCUACACUGUCUUCUCUGCCACCGACCCUAAGAGGAACGCUAGAGACUCCCAUGUUCCUGUUCUAGCACCACUCCCCAUUGGGUUUGCCGUGUUCAUGGUUCACUUGGCUACAAUCCCAGUUACUGGCACUGGCAUUAACCCAGCAAGGAGUUUUGGAGCAGCUGUAAUCUACAAUGACGAAAAAAUCUGGGAUGAUCAGUGGAUAUUCUGGGUUGGACCAAUUGUUGGAGCAGCAGUGGCUGCAUUUUACCACCAAUACAUCCUCAGAGCAGCAGCUAUCAAGGCUCUUGGAUCGUUCAGGAGCAAUGCUUAAUUAAUUAAUUAAUUAAGCUAGGUUCUUAAUUUCCAACAAGGCUAUGGUGUUUGAGGAAGAAUAAUAAUUUCCAUGUUAAAGAGUGCUGGUCUUGUCUUGCAGCUCCCUAAUUUAGGUUUUCUGGUCUUUUCCUUUGAUCAGCUACAGUGGUUGCUGUUGUGGGGUUUGGAGGAUAAGGCCUGAACCAUAUGGGGAGCAUCAAAAUUGUAGAUAAGCAUGCUUGUGUCUAAGGGUGUAUUUUGUAUCCCUUUUCUGUCUUUUUCUUUUUCUUUUCUUCUUUUUUUUAACUUCCUUGUAAGUGUUUCCUUUUCAUUUCUCAUGUUACUUAAAUAUUCAUCUUUUCUUAAUCAUGAUUUAUGUAAUGUACCAUGACUCCAGUAAUAUUAUCAUGAUUAAGCUUUUCAUUUCUUUA